ACCAAAACAUUCGUAAUGAAGAGGAGAGUGAUUAUAAAAAAGAAAAAGGUCGUGGGAAAGCGGAAUUCGGUGUCGUUCGACCAACAGGAUCCCGGCCAGCCGAGAUUCAGCUUCUCCGGCCGAGUUCAGGAGCUAAUCGAGGGCUACAAUUCCGCCGUACAGCUGCUGGCGCCCAAGUGGCCCUGGUUCCUCUACCCCGGAUAUCUGACAUACGCCGUAUACUGGCGCUACGCCAAAUAUUACAAGGGCAAGUUGCAGCUGACCCCCAUUCCGAAUCGCCUCUACGAUCUGCUGAUCAAGAACGAGCUCAUCAAGUCGGAGCACCUGGUGUUCGCCAGUCAAGAUGUGUACGAGGCAUAUGCGGAGUCGCCGGACGUCAACUUUGUUAACUUGGUCAUCCGCGGGGGCAGUGCAAGGAUCGGCAAGGAGCCGGCCGGAGAUGCGGGAUCCACACCGCGAACGGUCAUCAAGCAAAUGCUCCAGGAGGCUCCGCACACCAUUGUGGCCCAGAUUCUGCCGGUGGCCCAGUGCCAACCCAACUGUCUGUAUGUCCAGGAAAACUUCUAUGGCAACAUUCUGGAUCGCUUUCGCGUCCGCUCCAACUGUUGGGUGCAACUGGAGCACUUCGCCGACGAGCAGACCAUACCCGGGAUAGCCACCAAAGCGCAUGUCUACCUGCUGGCGGAUCCCCACGAACUGCCCGCCGAACUGACGGAGCUCAUCCUGAGCAACUACUUUAACACCCCGCGCCUUCUGCAUCGAGGACACACCUACCGCAUCGAGGUGAACGCCGAGUUGGUGGGCACUGCCACGUAUGCCCACUACUAUUUGAUAUUCGCCAACCUGCGGCAAGUCCACCUCAAGUGCAUCCACCUGGAGACGAAGGGCAGCGAGUUCGAGCUGCAGGCUGUGGUGGCAAAGAACUUCAGCAACCUGGUUCAAGUGCCGCCAGCGCACAGUUUCCUACCUCGCCAAGUGCUGGACGGCGUGGCCCUCGUGGAAAACUACCCGAGUGGCCUGCGCAGGCCCUACAAACUGUUGCGCUCCUCGGUGGACGCCUUCCUGCCCAAGAAGUCAGCCUGCCUGUCCUCGAAGCACAUCUUUCCUGUGUUCCUGCUGCAGGGCGAGCGAGGAUCUGGCAAAUCCAAGCUGGUAAAUGCCGUAGCCCAGGAGCUGGGGAUGCAUAUUUACGGGGCGGAUUGCGCGGAGAUCGUUUCGCAGGUUCCCUCGCACACGGAGAUGAAGCUGAAGGCGGUCUUUGCCAAGAGCCAAGUCAGCGAACCGCUCUUGAUUUGCUUCCAUAACUUUGAGAUAUUUGGCAUAGACAACGAGGGCAACGAGGAUCUGCGCCUGCUUUCCGCCUUCCACGUGCAGGUCCAGGAGCUCUUCAAUCGGGAUCGCAAGCACCCGAUUGUGGUGGUGGCCCUGACCAGUGACAGGCACCUCAAGCCCAUGAUCCAGGGCCUCUUUUUGGAGAUCAUAAACAUCGAGAUGCCCAGCAAGGAGGAGCGCUUCGAAAUCCUUCGCUGGAUGCACGUGCGCGAGACCUUCAACGAUGUGAUUUAUAACCAGAAGGCAAUAGCUCAGCUGCCCUUGUUCUCGCGCGAAAACCAGGCUCAGUUUAUGUCACGCGUGUCGCCCAGUUGGAGGCAAACGCUCAACGUGCUGCAGGACGUGGCUGCCAAGUCGCAGGGCUUUCUGCUGGGCGACCUGCAGCUGCUGUACGACAGUGCGGUUCGCAUGAAGAUGCGCAAUCGGCUGGGCAGGACCACCUUGGAAAUUUCCCACUUCGCCAAGAACCUGACCGACAUGCAGAGCUCCUUCGCGGACAGCUUGGGCGCGCCCAAGGUGCCGAAGGUCUACUGGUCGGAUAUCGGUGGUCUGGCCAAGCUGAAGGACGAGAUCCAAAGCAGCAUUGGCCUGCCGCUCAAGCAUGUCCAUCUGAUGGGCAAGAACCUCCGGCGAUCGGGCAUUCUGCUCUACGGACCCCCGGGAACGGGCAAAACCCUGGUGGCCAAGGCCGUGGCCACCGAGUGCAACCUGAGCUUCCUUUCCGUGCAGGGCCCCGAGCUGCUCAACAUGUACGUGGGCCAGAGCGAGCAGAAUGUGCGCGAGGUGUUUUCCCGUGCUCGGUCGGCGGCUCCCUGCGUGCUCUUCCUGGACGAACUGGACUCCCUGGCGCCCAAUCGCGGUGUGGCCGGUGAUUCGGGAGGCGUUAUGGACAGGGUGGUGUCGCAGCUUCUGGCCGAGAUGGACGGCAUGAGCGAUGGCGACACGAGCAAGCCCAUCUUCAUACUGGCCGCCACCAAUCGACCGGAUCUCAUCGACCCCGCCCUCCUGCGGCCCGGUCGCUUCGACAAGCUCUUCUACGUGGGACCCUGCUCGACGGCCGACGACAAGGCAGCCGUUCUGCGCGCUCAGACCCAGCGAUUCGCCCUGGAAGAAGGCGUGGACAUGGACCAGAUUGCCGAGCGUCUGAAGAGCGAAAUGAGUGGAGCCGAUCUGUACUCCAUCUGCUCGAAUGCUUGGCUCUCGGCCGUGAGACGCACCAUAGACAGGCACUUGAGUGGGGCCAUCACGGAAAAGGAACUGCUGCCGGAGAACGUGAUUGUGGAGGCGGAUGAUUUCACCAGGUCAUUCAACAAGUUCGUGCCCUCGAUCAGCGCCAAGGAUCUGGAGUACUUCAACAACCUCAAGGCGUCGUACAGCGUUUAAGGUUUCGGAAGAUGGUUAACUAGUUCUAAGCGUGAGUUUUUUACAGACAUUUUAUCGUUGUUUUUCAAUAAACCCGUUGAUAGU